AUGGGAUUGAGCAAGAUUGCUCCAACUGCUCAACCAGAACCAGUUACCUCGUUGGUUACCCCUGAGGAUCUACCAGCACUCGUCGAAGCCGAGCUACUUACUUUUACCGGGAUAAACACGAGAGAUGCACUUGCCCGACGAAUACAUCCGUUUCGCGCAGACUUAGUGCGGAAAGGCAUUCCUGUGCGCCGCUGGCCAGAUUUCGAGUCAACACUUCGAAAGUACGACGAGUUGCUGAAAAACGAGGCGGUGGUGAUGAUCAAGGCUGAAAUUAAGCAGGACUCGGAGAAUGAGAAUCGGAACGUUCCUAUAGGGAUGGCGUAUUUGAGGCUACCGAAAAGCAAACAAUCCUUCUCUGGUCCAAAAGGCGCGAAGGAAACUGCGUUAGAAAUACAUAAGAAAUAUGUGAAACCGACGCUCAAAGGAUUAUCGACGUUGAUAUCAGGCUCCGAAGCCGACGGCACGGAUUAUACGUUUUGGAGGAUGUUCGUAAAGGAAGUCAUUCGAGGACGCAAAGAAUUGGAAAACGACACAGGAGAUGAACUCUUGUUCGUCCACCCUGCGUACCGAGGUAUCGGAGCUGGCGGUGCUCUCCUCCGUCACUGCAUCGAACUAUCCAAGAAACUUGGUCCAGACUCAACUAAAGGUAUUCCAAUGUUACUCGAAUCGACACUUGAUGCUACGCCGAUGUACAUUCGUUCCGGAUUCCGCGAGUUUCUACGCGGUCGGGUUGCGUAUGGCGGAGAGAUGUACGAUUGGCCUGUCAUGUUACUGGAGCCGGACGACGAGAGUGCCGAUGGGAGCAUGGAGAGUUGA